AUGUCGUUUAACAACCCAUACGGUCAGCCGCAGUCGGGCCCCUCUCUGCCGUCGUCCAUCGGCACCGCGCUCGAUCGCCAGAGCUCGCUGUCUAGCCCAUACUCUGCGCAGUUUCCGUCACCAGUAAAUGGUUCAAAUGCCCAAGCAAAGGCCGGCAACAAACGCAAGAGAGCACCGGCAGACGUCGCCCAUCGGCAUCCGUCAGAGGACAGCUACAACAGCGACGGUCAUGAAUCAGGCCCCACUUCGGCGCAUAACGGUGUCCACAGCUCGAAGAACGCCUCAAAUCCCCAGAACAGCGACGUAAAGAAGAGGACGAAGACGCAGCGCGCCUGCGACAAGUGUCGGACAAAAAAGAUACGCUGCGACGUACUGCCCGAUACCGAUCCGCCACUAUGUGCCCACUGCAAACAAUACAAUUAUGACUGCACAUUCUUCCUUCCAAUCCAGGAAACCAGAUUCAAAAAGAAGCGACAAGAAGAGGAUGCCUCGCUCCAAGGCCGAACUUAUGGCCCAGGACAUCCAGGACACCCAGGAGAGAGGAGCGAGACGAGGGUCGAAGUCCGAACAUUUGGGCCCACAUCGGUUCCGUUCAUGAUCAAUUCUACCGCGGCCCUUCACGUGCCUGUUGACGUACACGGUCUGCACCCACGCAACGUCUGGAACGUCGUGACAGCUGGGGACGGGUACAUUAAAGUCGGACCGCUCAAACCUGUGACCGACUCAUCCCUCGGGCCAAAGGCUCCAGACGUGCGGGUAGAACGGGACAUUGUCGAACGCCUCAUCAACAGCUACUUUGCCAACAUUUCUCCCAUCUUGCCCAUUAUCACCAAAGCCGAAUUUGUCGCGUAUCAGCCGAACCCUCCACCUAUCUUGCUAUACAGUAUCUGUCUCAUGGCUGCCACAUUGCGUGACACGCCUCGCGGCAUCUUUGACGCGCUCCGAAAGAUCGUGUCGAGCAUUAUCAAGAACGACGACGUGCUCUCGACGCCGAGUCUUGCGCACGUGCAGGCCUUGCUUGUCCUGAGCAUGACCGCUGAUUGCCAUGGUACGCAACCGAAUCCACUCUCGUUUUUGUGGGUCAGAAGUGGCGUAGCCAUUCGAAUGGCGCAGGACCUCAACCUUCACCGAGCGGAGAUUAGCAAAGAAGGGAUGGAAACGAGGCGAAGGGUAUGGGCAACAUGUGUCGUGGUUGACAGAUGGCAAGCUGCAUCGUUUGGGUACCCGCAAAUGAUCGACCUGACGGAUUGCGACGUCCGACUCCCGACUCCGCAGGACCAGGGAAUCGGAUAUCUCAACGCAUUAACCCGCCUAUCCAUCAUUCUGGGUGAGGUACUCAAAGCCAUUUAUAGGCAACCCUAG